GUGGCGGCGAAGCCCGGUUUGAGUGGAUUUCAUUUCCAGUAUGGCGGCCGUUACUUGCGGAGGAGGACAACUUGUUCGAAUUUGUCCUCAGUCUUACCGUGGUGGGCAGUAGCUCAUCGCCGGUCGUCUGGUUUGUGAAUUGGCUGAAUCUUUCAUCUGCAAGACAACCCAUGGCUUAAGGCAGGAUCAGUUACAGAAUAUUCGGAAGAGACAUUGCGUGUGGCUGCAAGCAAGUGUCUUGCUUUUCCGUGUCUACUUGCUAAAAAGGAGGGGAUUUGUUUUGAUUUUCAGGUCAGAAAGUUCACGGCAGUACUGCCAGACUGCAACUACGUUCACUGCCUCCGUGAGCGAGCGAGAGAGGGAAGGAUUUUAAACCGAACUUGUGAAUAGGCCCAACGGGGCUGAUAUUGCGUUCCUCACACUUAUGGGAUUUAUUCUAUGACACGCACACCGCGUUGUCUAGGACUUAUCAGUGAUUCUGUCAAUAAUUCUGGUCAAGGAAUUGUGGUUUACAAAAGACGAAUGCGCUGAAACCAACUAGCUACCUAGCUAGCCAGCACUCUAGCUUCAGCGUGGGGAGUGGUAGCUAGCUUUGCGGUUUUGCAGGAGAUAGGAACGUUUUCAAAAAAUAUAUAUUCUUUAGCCACUUAGCUAGUCAGCUAGGGAGGGCGAUUUGUUUAUAUACGUUUUGACUGCAUAAUAUGUGGCUAGGUAGAUGCGUGUAACCAUUAAUGUUGACCGAUUGCGGAUGUCUUAGCAAGGUAGCUGCUAGCUAGAUAGCUAGCUUCAACUACAGUUAGGGGUGAGCUGGGCCAAGUCAGGAGCUAGCCCGAGCUAGCUCAAUGGGGGGAUGCGGUCAUCAACCAAAUACAGGUAGCUAUAGUUAGCUAGCUUACUAAAAUAUUUCAUUUUUCCAGAAUAAUAGGUAAUUCUGUAACUUACUGUAUCGAACUGAGACGCUUUAAUUUCGCACUACUUAACUAUUUUCCUCGGGAUCCUCUAACAUCAGCUAACCUGCAGUUCAGAGUAAGUCUCCUUUAGUAUGGUUAGCUAACUAGUAGCUUAUUCGCGUUCCACCUGUGAGGUAAACCGUAGCAAGGUAGCUGCCACCUCUUUAUGGAAUUGUGUUCCCUCUUGACCACCGCUGCUUUUUGCGUGACAAUAUGGAGGCCUUCCUGGGCGGAUUAAUGACCUGCGCCUGGAGGAUUUGACGUUUGUUGGACGUUAUGUAGCUAGCUAGUAAAACAAUUGUUUGUGUCAAUGUUUGUUUUUUUGUAGUCUGAUUUUUUUUUUCCCCCCACGAAGGCGCUGGGACAUCAUUAAUAAAAGGCAUAGCUAGUAGGAUGCUAGCUAGCCGUCACGUCUAAUUGGCUAAUAAAGGAAAGUGCAAACUUUACCAGUCUGGAUCAAGAAACCCUGUCUUUUGUCUCAGGUUGGAGUAACACUCCUAAGCUUUCAUCAAUGCCUUCAGCGCUGGCCGUUUUUACCUGCCGCCCGAACUCGCACCCCUUUCAGGAACGCCAUGUCUACCUGGACGAACCAGUCAAGAUCGGGCGCUCUGUGGCUCGCUGCCGCCCUGCCCAGAACAACGCAACGUUCGACUGCAAGGUUUUGUCAAGGAAUCAUGCUCUCGUCUGGUUCGACCAUAAGACGGGCAAGUUCUACCUGCAGGACACCAAGAGCAGCAACGGCACCUUCAUCAACAGCCAGCGCCUGAGCCGGGGGUCCGAGGAGAGCCCCCCCUGCGAGGUCCUCUCCGGAGACAUCAUCCAGUUCGGCGUGGACGUGACCGAGAACACCCGCAAAGUCACCCAUGGCUGCAUAGUGUCUUCAAUCAAGCUGUUCCUCCCGGAUGGCAUGGAGGCCCGGAGACGCUCAGAUGUCAUUCAAGCGCCGUUACCACUUCCUGUAGAUAAGGUUGCCGCUAACACGCCCAGCAUGUAUUCUCAGGAGCUGUUUCAGCUGUCUCAGUACCUGCAGGAGGCUCUGCACCGGGAGCAGAUGCUGGAGCAGAAGCUGGCCACACUGCAGCGGCUGCUGGCCAGCACACAGGAGGCCUCCGAGAGCAGCUGGCAGGCUUUGAUAGAUGAAGACCGGCUCCUAUCCAGGCUGGAAGUCAUGGGGAACCAGCUGCAAGCUUACUCAAAAAACCAAACGGAAGACGGCAUCCGCAAGGAGCUGGUCGCCUUACAGGAGGACAAACACAACUACGAGACGACAGCCAAAGAGUCCCUGAGGCGGGUACUUCAGGAGAAGAUCGAGGUGGUCCGGAAACUGUCCGAGGUGGAGAGGAGUCUCAGUAACACAGAGGAUGAAUGUACUCAUCUGAAAGAGAUGAACGAACGCACACGGGAGGAGCUCAGAGAGCUGGCUAACAAGUACAAUGGAGCGGUCAACGAGAUCAAGGACCUGACAGACAAGAUAAAGCUGGCGGAGGGCCGGCAGGAGGAGCUGUCUCAGAAGGGGCAGAGUGAGAAGAAGGAGCUGCAGCUGCGGAUAGAGGAGAUGGAGGAGAAGGAGCAGGCGCUCCAGGCCCGCAUCGAGGCCCUGCAGGCCGACAACGACUUCACCAACGAGCGCCUCACCGCCCUGCAAGUCCGUUUAGAGCAACUGCAGGAGAAAAACGUAAAGGAGAACAACAGCUUGGCUGUGAAGCAGUUGAAAGAGGCUGUGGAUUCCUCGCUGACCAAGAUCCCGAACUUCGACGACGUUAUCGACGCUCACCUCCAAAACAACCAGAUGUCUGAGGAGAACAGCCCGGAGAGACUGAAAGCUAAACUUAUUGAUGAUGUGCAUCACCAGAAUGCCAUGGAUGAGAAUAAGCUUGUAAAAGAAAAUCAGAUAGAUGCUAAAGAGUCGGAUAUGUCAGACACGCUGAGCCCCAGCAGGGACAGAAGCAGUGACGACGCCUCAGACGGGCCCAUGGACGAGCAGGAGCUGAACGAGCCUCUGAACAAGGUCGCGGUGCUGAAAGACGCACUGCGGCGGGCAGACCUGGAGCCCGGGGACUCGGAUCACAUGAUCCAGCACCUCCGGAAGGAGCUGCUGGAGGCGCAGGAGCUGGCCAACACCGGAAAGCAGAAAUGCCUGGAGCUGCAAGCUCUACUGGAGGAGGAGAGGAGGACUAACAAACAGCAGACUGAGGACUCUGCCAAACAGAUCCAGUUUCUCCAGGCCCAGCUGCAGAAGCUGCAGGAGGACAUGGAGGACCUGCGGGAGCAGAGGGAGAGCUCCAUCUCCAGCACGCGGGAGGAGCUGUACAGCGCUCAGGAGGAGGUGCUGAUGCUGCGGCACAUCAUGGACACGAGCGCUGUGGAGCGGGAGCGCGACAUCACCGCCCUGAAGGCCGACCUGGAGGCCGUCACCGCCGAGCUGGAGAAGUGGCGCCAGGCAGCCGCCAAGUACGAGCUGGAGAUCAGCACCCUGCAGGCCCGCUUCCAGCAGCACAGCCAGCACCGCGAGAAGGCUGCCCAGCUCCAGGAUGAGCUGGAGAGGCUGCAGAGGGACUGCUCCAGCCUGCAGAGAGACUGCGCGGCGCUGCGCUCGGAGAAGGUGGCUCUGCUGGAGAAGCUGCACCAGCUGGAGCUGGAGCUGGACAGCUCUCGGGAGCAGAGCUCCGCUCUCAGCAGCAGCCUCACUGCCCUGGAGAGGUCCCAGGGGGCCCUGCAGACCCAGCUGGGCUCCAUGCAGGACCAGCACCUGCAGGACGCCCACAAGCUCCAGACCCAGCUGGCCCAGGCCGACCGCCGGACCAAGAGCCUGCAGAAGGAGUACGAGGAGACCCAGGCCCAGCUGUCCGACCUGAGGGACAGAUAUGAGCGCACCGAGCAGGAGAAACACACCAUCAACCACGAGCUGGAGCAGUGCAAGCUCGACCUGAAGCUACUGCAGGACAAGGGGAGCAAUCCAUCCAUAUUGCAGCCUAUCCAAGCCAUUUUCAUCGGCGUUAUCCUGGCUUUGCUGUAUUGGUGCUUCGGCCAGUUGUGGUAGAAAGAGCGGUUGGUUGCCCUGGAUGCCUGUCGUUGCCGUGGUGGUUGCCGUGACGGCGUUCGUGCUUUACCCGGGUCUGUCCAAGAGCAGCACCUGAGCAAGCCCCCCCACACCCCUCCAAACGACCCCCCCCCCACCCCCCACCACCCCCCUCCUCCACUCAGCCCAGGGUCCCAGUCCCACACCCUCAAUACCUCCUGGUCUGAAACACAGCAGUAGGCUCCCUGCUUUAACUGUAUAAAAUGCAACUGUACAUAUUUAGAGAGGGAAUAAAAGUUGUAACUUCUACUAUAGAUGAAAUACUUUAUCUGCGGUUUAUUUCUUUGUUUAUUUUUUUUUUCUUAAUCAGUUUGUUGGGAAUCUUACUAUUAAAGUUUUUUUUUUUUUUUUUUUAAAUGGGUACCAAACUUGUUUAUUUUGAUAAGUUUUAUGGUAAAUUGUCUUCUAUGGUUUGCCAUAUUAGUGUAAAAUGUGGUAUUCCAGAUAUGGGUUUCAAAGCCAAAAUGUCUAAUCAUACACCGGGCACAUGGGGCUAAGUGCCUACCAUAGCUUCUAGAUGUGUGUAAAACUCUGAUCCAGUCUGUUGAAGUGCCAUUCAUACUCCUACACACUCCUCGUUAUUUCAGAGGAACUCGUCUGAGAUAUCAAAUGAAAAAUAGUCAAGUAAAAAAAAACUAGAAUAAAAGAUCUUAUGUUCUCUGUA